ACUGGUAACCCGGAGUAAACGGGCACACCGCCAGCUGGAGGGCUAUAAAAGGGGUGAUGCAACGCUCUCCGAGACACAGUCGCACGCAGCGAGGCGCGCAGUGCACAGCGCUCUCCCGGCGCCGCCGCCCGAACCCGAGCCGACCCGCCAGCCCGCGCGCCGGCCGUGAGUCCUCGGGGUUCGCCCGCCCGCCCCGCAGACAGACAGCCCGACCCCGCCCCGACCCUGCCCGCCCUCUGGACCCUGGCCGCCCCGAGUGGAGACCGGAGGUGAGCGCUGGAGCCGACAAAAUGAUGCUUCAACACCCAGGCCAGGUCUCUGCCUCGGAAGUCAGUGCCUCUGCCAUCGUCCCCUGCCUGUCCCCUCCUGGGUCACUGGUGUUUGAGGAUUUUGCUAACCUGACACCCUUUGUCAAGGAAGAGCUGAGGUUCGCCAUCCAGAACAAGCACCUCUGUCACCGGAUGUCCUCUGCACUGGAGUCGGUCACUGUCAGCGGCAGACCCCUGGAGAUGGCAGUCAUGAAAACUGAGGUAGCCCCGGAAGAAGACGAAAGGAAAAAGAGGCGGCGGGAAAGAAAUAAGAUUGCAGCUGCCAAGUGCCGCAACAAGAAGAAGGAGAAGACAGAGUGCCUGCAGAAAGAGUCAGAGAAGCUGGAGAGCGUGAAUGCCGAACUGAAGGCCCAGAUCGAGGAGCUCAAGAAUGAGAAGCAGCAUUUGAUAUACAUGCUCAACCUUCAUCGGCCCACGUGUAUUGUCCGGGCUCAGAAUGGGCGGACUCCAGAAGAUGAGAGAAACCUUUUUAUCCAACAGAUUAAAGAAGGAACAUUGCAAAGCUAAGCAGUCAUGGUAUGGGGGCAAUUGGGGAGUCCUCAUUGAAACCUUCUACAUCCCAAACCCUGAAGCCAUUGGAGAUCUGACUUCCUGUGCACCUCUCGCAUCCCAGCAGUGAAGCACCAUCGAGGCAGAAGAGCCCUUGGUGACUCAGCUGGGCCUUUCCUCUCUGCACCAGAGUGGACUUUGGACUGGGGCAAGGGCAUCUUUUGUCUUAACUCCAGGAUUUAGGCCUUAACCAUCCUGGCUAUUCUUGGAUGCUGCAGAUGGCCCCUGGUUAGGGUCCUGCUCAUCUUUUGCCUGGAUUCUACAAAAACAAACAAACAAACAAAAAAAGCCAGGACUCCCACCAUAGGACUCAUGCUGAAGAAGUGUCUGCACAUUGGGUGGGUGGAGUGGGGCCACCUCCUGAGCUGCCACUGCCACUGCCACCAUCACUUAUAGGGACACAGAGUGAGAACGGCAUUUAGCGAAGUUGUACAAUGGCCAGGGUUGUGCUUUCUAGCAAACAUGCUGUUAUGUACAGGAAUUACUGUGUGCAAGGCAUUUGUUUCAAAGCUAGGCAUUGUGUUCUUCUGAUGUUUGUUUUGCACAACACUGGUGUGAUUUUCCUCAGAUCUGGUUUCUGAGGGUUUGGUGGGGGAGGCGGCUACCACCAUAUGCAGUGUCUUACAAAAUGCUGAGGUGGCCGCAAGAGCUCAUCAGCCCCGGGAGAACAGAAUUCUGCUGGCGAGCAGCGUAGUUUUGUGCCAACAGAGAAAGCUGCCUUUCCCUCGGCGCCCAGGCAUUAACGCAGAAUUUGUGGGCAUGACUGUAGGCCCUCUGUUGCAAACUCAGUUACAAUGUCACAGGAAGAAAGCAGAAAGAAAGUCCAACUUCCAAAGGGUUAGGACUCUCCCCUCGGUGACUUAGGUCAGGAGUUCUUUCUAGGCCAGAAGAGCCAAAGAAUAUUCCAUUUUCCUUUUCUUGCAGUUGAAAACCACAUCCGGUGGAGACAAGUUUGAAGCCAGGUGAUGCCUGGGUUUUAGCAUUAUUGGAUGUUAGUGGCAUUGUUUGUCAUGCAGAUGUUGGCAGAAAUCUGGCCCAGAGCAUUUAUAACUGUGAGAGGUCAUUCACACUGGCCACAGGACUCUGGCUACUGUCUGUUUAAAUUCUGAUGUUUCUGUGAAAUCCUCAGAGUGUUUAAUCCUACUCGGUAGUAUCAUUACAAUUUUUCUGUAAGAGGAAAUAUUACUUAUUUAUCCUAGUAUUCCUAACCUGUCGAUAUAAUAAAUAUUGGAACCAAGACAUGGUAAACUUAAGUGUUGUGCUGGUUUCUGUUCUUUUAAAUGGGUUGGUCGUUGAGAUUUACUCAUUUCCCACGCCCUCCCUCUCCAUUGAGGGCGAGGGGCAUUGAGUUUAAAAAUUCUCCAAGUGUCAUCCUUUGCUUUUUGGCGUGCCACUUAGGUGGGACAGUUGACUUUCAAUCCUGUUCCUCGGUCUGUAGCAUCUGAUACUCAAUUUCUCAUUAGCAAACCCUAGAACACAGCGCCAACCGGGUGUAUCCUUUAGACCAACUGUUUGCUGUUUAGAGUUUGGAUAUACAACCUGAAUUGCUAAAUACCUCUGCCAGUUCCUCUGAAUGUACGGAUGCCUAAAACAUACACCUGUUUUCCAGCUUGAGCCCUGGACACCGUACAUUCUGCCACAGAACACCUCUUAAAGUAUUUACUUGAUUACAGCUAUCGUCUCAAAUAUGUGUCUUAUUGUUGCAAAUACGUAUUUCGAAUGUGAGGAAAGAAUGGAGGGGGGAAGAGAGGGAGACAAUAAUUUUUGACCCGACAGGUGUGAUAGUUCAAAGAAAGGUAUUCCACCUAACUUUCUGGAAUCUCCAGGGCAUAUGAUUCCUUAGGUCUGGAACAGAAUUGGGCUCCCUUGCUGUUGGCCUGUGCAAAUUGGUAUCCCUCACAGGUGAGAAAUAAACACUGGCUGCUCUGCUGCUAAUGCCGUUCUUCAGAGAGAUAGUAGCUUCAUUAAAUGUUAAGAUUGAUGCACAUGAAUGGGGAGCCUGCCUCUCUGAACUCAUGUGUGUUUCCUCUAAACGCUCACCUGUGACACAGGUGUCCUGAUUUUGCUGCUUUAUUUGCACAUCAGGGAUAGUUCCCAGUCUGCAAGGAGCCCUCUGGUUGAAGUACCAUUCACCACUUCUUUUAGGAGAUCAUCUAUUUUCUUUCAGAUAGGGGGACAGGAGGGGAGGGGGGGGGCGGGGAAUUCCUCGCAUUUACCCCCUGGUUGUAGAUACAGGUGCCCCCGAUCAGCUGUUAGGAAACUCAAGGCCGGUUUUGAAGCUGCCAGGGACAACAAUGGAUUGGAGAGGAAGGAAGUGAGUGGUGGCUAUGGCCAGAAAAAUGGAUCUGAAAAAUACGGUUACUGGAUAUGGUUAUAUGGUUACUGGAACUGACAGCUCUUUUACCAAAUGCACUAAAAAAGUUUUGCUUUCUGCAGCCAAGAUUAUGUUUUGAUACUUUAAUAAAAGACAAAAAAAUGACUAUGUAUUUACCA